UGUGGGGAAGCCUCGCUGCUCGCCAGGGCUGACGCCAGGGCUGGGAGCCGYGCUCGGCCCUCCGCGCCGGAGACGAGGAGCUCUCUAGAAGAUGGGUGACUGGGGGUUCCUGGAGAAGCUGCUGGACCAAGUCCAGGAGCACUCGACGGUGAUCGGGAAGAUCUGGCUGACCGUGCUCUUCAUCUUCCGCAUCCUCAUCCUGGGCUUGGCGGGGGAGUCCGUGUGGGGGGACGAGCAGUCGGAUUUUGUGUGCAACACCAAGCAGCCGGGCUGCACCAACGUCUGCUAUGACAAAGCCUUCCCCAUCUCCCACAUCCGCUACUGGGUGCUCCAGUUUCUCUUUGUCAGCACGCCCACCCUCAUCUACCUCGGCCACGUUGUCUAUCUGUCCCGGCAGGAGGAGAAACUGAAGCAGCAGGAAAGCGAGCUGCGUGCCAUCCAUAGCAAGGACCCCAAGAUAGAGCAGGCCCUGGCRCUGGUGGAGAAGAAGAUGUCCAAGAUCUACGUGACAGAGGACGGUCGGCUCAAGAUCCGGGGGGCCCUGAUGUGGACGUACAUCAUUAGUGUGGUCUGCAAGAGCAUUUUUGAGGCGGGCUUCCUCGUCGGCCAAUGGUACCUCUACGGCUUUUCCAUGGUGCCCCGCUACGUGUGCCAGAGGGACCCCUGUCCCCACCAGGUGGACUGCUUCAUCUCCCGCCCCACCGAGAAGAGCAUCUUCAUCAUCUUCAUGCUGGUCAUGGGCCUCAUCUCCUUGAUCCUCAACCUCUUAGAGCUCUUCCACCUCUGCUGCAAGCACCUGCUGGGCAACAUCAAGAAGGUGUCGGCGCCGGCGCGUGACACCUUUGCUGACGACAUGGUCCCUGGCCCCUACCCGCCCAAGCACUACUCCUUCCUCCCCAUGGCCGAGAGCCACACGCCGCCCUACCAGGCCUACAACAAGCUCUCCAGCGAGCAGAACUGGGCCAACCUCAACAACGAGGAGAACCUGGCGCUGAGCAGCGGCAGCCGGCCGCUCGCGGAGCCCUACGCGGCGCGUGCCACCGGAGCCGCGGAGCGGCCGUGCAGCCGGCCCGGCAGCUCGGCCUCCAAGAAGCAGUAUGUCUAGCGCGGGGCCGCGGGCCCC